UUAAGAGGAUCAGAUGAAGGCGGCGUACAUCCGGUGGCUGGCUACAUUGUCCUGUCAGAUAUCUCCGAGGCACAAUGCGAAUCGGCACGGCUCUAGCUGCUGCUCCCUGCAUCCGGCUGUCCAUCGUCAACUGGAUUGGCUUACUGCACGUUCGAGGAAAUUCAAAGAAUUUUGCUGCGAGUGGUACCUUCCUAUCUCUUCUUCAAAUCAUCGCUGAGAAGAUGAACACAUGUCUUGAGCUUGUGGUGCCUCCCGAUAUGCUGUACGGUGCGAGGCUGGACAACGGCUCCUGGACCGGCAUGAUGGCUCAGCUAGUUUCCGGGGAGGUGGACAUGACCGGCGUGCCCAUGCUCGUCAACCCUGAGCGGAGCCGCGUGGUGGAGCCCGGCUUCCCGCUGAUGAGUGAUUCCAUGGAGCUUGCAUAUAUGAGACCGGUGCAACAAGCAGACCUGUCAGGCUUCGUAAAACCCUUCACUCUUCAGGUGUGGGGCAUCCUGUUGGCCAGCCUCAUGGCGAUGAUGAUCGAGCUGACGACCGUCCAGGUUGUCGAGGCCCGCCGCUCUCACGGUGCUGCCAGCGGUCUGAAGUAUAAAUCCUCCCCAGGUGAACUUUGGUGGACGGCUAGCCAGUGGACAAUAGCUGUGCCGCUGGCCCAGGCCUGGUGGCGGGAGCCGCGCGGGGCCCGAAUGCGGGGCCUGGCUGGGGCUUGGUUGUUGUUUUCUUUUGUCCUGUGCACCGUCUACCGCUCGAACCUCAAGGCCAUGCUCAUCCUUCCGCGCAUCACCUUCCCCUUCAACUCCCUUGAAGAAUUAACAUAUACAGACAUUCCCUGCUACACCAUGAAGGCGUCGGUCGCUGAUGAGUACAUAAAGAACUCAGAGCCCGGAACAGUCCUGCACAACUUGCGGCGCCAGAUGGUGGUGCACUCGAACGUCCCACUAGCUAUAAACGGUUUUCUGACCGGGAAACAUGCUGCCAUAACGAGCUACCUCAGCAUACUGGCGCUAGCGCAAGGCAAGUUUGAACAGACGAAAACCUGCGAGUUUUACUCGGCCCAGAGCCUCUUCGGCACCUACUACAUGAGCCUCGUGUUCCCGAAGGGCUCCAAGCUAAAGACGAAGAUCGAUAUGAUCGUGAGCUACCUGAAGGACGCUGGCAUCGUGGACCACCUGCUGGGGAAGAACUUUCACGAAGCCAUACAGUGCAUCCGGAAGGACAGCUCGCUAGCCCAGUCCACGAGCCACAGACCCUUGGCGCUCGGGGACUUCUACGGAGUGUUCUUGCUCUAUGGCGGAAGCGUCAUCGUAACUGUUUUCACCUUCCUGAUGGAACUCUGCCACCGCUGACCACCUUCCCUCGACUUGCCGCAGCCUAAAAGCAUCUUGUCUCUAUGAUAUUACCCUACAAUACUAUGUUUUUUUUAGCAGUAAAUUGAACUAUAAAUAAAUUCUUGCAGUUG